AUGGACUUCGAGGUGGGGAAUGGUAGAGAAAUUCUUGCUGAGGAGAAGAUAUGCAAAUCGCCGCUCUUCAAUGCUGCGGCCGCCUCCAAUUCGCGAGCGCCGCGCGAUGGUCGAUGCUCCAGGAGAAUUGCCCUAGGCGGAAGAUCCCCGCCGCGUUCCUCGUCAACAGCCGGCUCUUCUCGACGCUCCGCCAGCACGACUUGCGAGGCUUGAUCGUCUCGCGGUCGCAAAGAUCCUACGACGAUGAAUUUCGCUCCACGGCAAGCAUUGCGUUGGGACUCCACCAGCGCUACAAGAAAGUCGUGCAAGGAGGAUUCAGCAACAAUCUCCAGGAUUUCAUAACUGCUGUAGUGACUGCUUACGCGAUCGGCUGCACGGAAGAAGGCCUGAGAAAAGAGCUCUUGAAUUCCAAUAUCACUUCCAAAGAGGUAGAAGAAUGUAUACUUUGGGUGAUCAUCGUCUUUACAUCGAUCAUGUCAAGCCCGCCACCAACAGUGAUACGAUGGUCUACAACUGCGGCAGUUACAGCCGAGUCUCUUUUAGAAUGGAAAGGAUUUUGUUCCAUUAUCGCCAACGCGUACUACAACAGGGGAAUGGCCUGGCUACCAGUGAAAACACUGCAGCUGGAACAAAUGGCGGUGUUAGGACGAGCCGAGGAAGCAUCGCUAGUGGCCGAUCGGAUGCGAUUAGCUUUCACAACCUUAGAGAUAGUGUGCCCCCAGUGGCCAAAGAAAUGAUGGUUUCUAGUCCAAGAGCGAAACAUCUGAUCAAGCACAACGCAGUUAGUAAGCGUAUGAAGUAUUUCUCUUUCUCUUUGCUGCU